UUAAACUUCCAUGCUGAAAGCGAGAGGAAUGUUGCUGAUGAUUUGAAAGUCAUGGAUGUAAUGCAGUGUAAAUUAUUAUUGCAAUGUACCACAGCCAGAGUAUGACUAACAAUUACUUCGAUGUGGAUUAUUGUGCAAAGUUGCCGUUUUACGCCUCGGAUUUCAACAAUAUAUGAAGUUAUUUGAAGUGGACAUUACCUUCAGUCACGUGUACCGCUGAGAUGUGGAUAGGAUGGGCAAAGAGAAGACUUCAGCAACUCACGAUCUAAAGAACGGGGAUUGACCUUUAUAAUACAUUACUGUUUGGCUCUUUGUAUUUGGAUAAAACCCUCUUCUAACGUUGAACAGGUUUUAACUGCAAGGAAGAAUGUGGAAACUUUGGCAAUUUACCCGCCACACAUCUCUCUUAGUUUACAUAGUCUUGGAAAUAUUUAUUUACAGCGUCAGAGGUCUUAAUAUUUGCAUGAGCGGUAGCGCCACGUCUUGUGAAGAAUGUCUCCUCAUUCACCCGAGCUGCGCCUGGUGUGCGCAAGAGGACUUUGGACAGACAAGAACGCUCACGUCACGAUGUGACUUUAGCCAGAAUUUACUAAAAAGAGGCUGUGAUUCACCUUUUAUCGAAAAUCCUAGGAGUGGCAUCUCUCUCUUGAGGAACAAACCCCUGAGCUCCAAAGGUCCAGGGCUGACCCAGUAUGAUGUCAUCCAGAUAUACCCACAGAAGAUCUUGCUCAGCUUAAGGCCUGAUUACCUGAUCUCAUUUGAGGUACAGGUGCGUCCAGUUGAAGACUAUCCUGUUGAUUUGUACUAUCUGAUGGACCUCUCGCUCUCAAUGAAGGAUGAUCUAGACACAAUCCGUAACCUGGGCACCAAACUGGCUGAGGAAAUGAGGAAACUCACAAGUAACUUCCGCCUUGGAUUUGGCUCUUUUGUGGAUAAGAAUAUAUCACCCUUCUCCUACACAGCCCCCAAGUACCAGGACAACCCUUGCAAUGGAUAUAAGUUGUUCCCAAAUUGUGUCCCUACAUUUGGGUUCCGUCACCUCUUGUCUCUUACGGACAAAGUUGAUCGCUUCAACGAAGAAGUGCUAAAGCAGAUGGUGUCACGUAACAGGGAUGCACCAGAGGGGGGGUUUGAUGCCAUUCUGCAGGCUGCAGUGUGCAAGGAGAGGAUUGGCUGGAGGAAGGAGGCCUAUCAUCUUCUGGUGUUUGCCACGGAUGAUGUCCCACACUUGGCUUUGGACGGCAAGCUCGGUGGACUAGUGCAUCCUCACGAUGGACAAUGUCACCUGAAUGACAAAAAUGAGUACAGUGCUUCAGCUAAGAUGGACUACCCUUCACUAGCUCUACUCGGAGAGAAACUGGCUGAAAACAACAUUUUCCUCAUCUUUGCAGUGACCAAAAGGCAUUAUGUUCUUUAUAAGAACCUCACUGCAUUGAUUCCUGGGACUACUGUGGAAAUUUUGGACCAAGACUCCAAAAAUAUUAUUCAGCUAAUUGUCAAUGCAUACAAUAACAUCAGGUCGAAAGUUGAGCUGAAUGUGUGGGAUCACCCUGAAGAUCUCAGUCUGACCUUCACUGCCACCUGCCAAGAUGGCCAGCCCCUGACCGGCCUCAGCAAGUGUGCUGACCUCAAAAUUGGUGACACUGUCUCCUUCAACAUAACUGUGGACACUCGAGGAUGCCCUCCAAAAGGUACCAGGAAGAGUUUUACCAUCAGGCCAGUUGGCUUCAAAGAUCAUCUAGAGGUUUCCGUGGAUUAUCGCUGUGAUUGUGGCUGCACGCAUUACACAAAGACCAACAGUAGCCUCUGCAAUUCUGCCGGCACCUACACCUGCGGGAUGUGCCGCUGUGAGCCUGGAUACCUGGGAGCCCGCUGUGAAUGUGAGGAGGGCGAGGUGGACCACCAGCACCUCAGUGCCUGCAGAGAGGCCGAGGGCAAGCAGCUGUGCAGCGGCCGCGGAGAAUGCAGCUGCAACCAGUGUCUGUGCUACGAGUCAGAAUUUGGCAAAAUCUACGGUCCCUUCUGCGAAUGUGACGACUUCUCCUGUGCCCGGCACAAGGGUGUACUGUGCUCAGGUCACGGGGAAUGCCACUGUGGUGAGUGUAAAUGCCAUGCUGGUUAUAUUGGAGACAACUGUAAUUGCUCUACAGAGACAGCUUCCUGUGUGUCAGACGAUGGCAAGAUCUGUAGUGGGCGGGGCAACUGUGCGUGUGCGCAGUGCCAGUGCACAGAGCCAGGGGCAUUUGGGGACGCAUGUGAGAAAUGUCCUACCUGUCCAGAUGCCUGUGGGACAAAGAGGGAAUGCAUCGAGUGCCGUCUCUUCAACACAGGGAGACUCGCCGAUAACCAGACCUGUCAGCGCAUGUGCAAGGAUGAGAUCAUCACUGUGGAAACUCUCAAAAUGGAUGAUCCUAACACUGUUCAGUGCAUCUAUAAGACAGAGAAUGACUGUGUGAUGAAGUUCACAUAUUCUGAACAUGCCAACGGCCAGUCUGUCCUAAAUGCUCUUAAAGAUCCAGAGUGUGCUGUUGCCCCUAAAGCCAUGACGGUGCUCCUGGCAGUUGUUGGCAGCAUCUUGUUGAUGGGUAUCAUGUUGUUAGCCCUCUGGAAACUGGUUAUAACCAUCCACGACCGCCGCGAGUUUGCCCGCUUCCAAAGUGCACGUUCGCGGGCACGAUAUGAGAUGGCAUCUAAUCCUGUUUAUAAGAAGUCCAUCCCCUCUCACCCAAUGGAGACAGUUUUCCAUAUGCAUACCAAGUCAUGCAACGGAGGAGCCCACUGAUUAACCUGCAGUUGGACUUGGGGACAUGGCAGGACCUGUCCAGUUGUGCACAACAAGGGAGAACCAGGAUGGACAUUUUGUUUGUGCACAUUUUUUGGCAACCUUCUUUUUUGUGGGUGUUUCUUGAGGAUUGGAACUGGUCAUUAUGCGGAUCAGUAAUGAAAGUUCAUUACUGAGCAGCACUAGGAAACAUGGUGAAUUUAAAAAGAGGACUGGCACCGGAUGAGCUGAAAAAGUUAGUUCUAUUAGAAAUAUGGGUGUUGGACGUUCAUCCGCCAUGGACAGCUUGCUUGAAUUUAAUUCCUAAUUUACUUCAGUUGUAACCAUACCUCCUCCACAUUAUGAGGGAUUCACUCUGCAUUGUGUUGUAUUGGCAAAGAGACAUUUCUCAAGUGUAUGUAUAUUUUUAUCAGUGUGCCUUUUCCAACCAUUACACAUUUUAAGUAAAUUCAACUUAUUUACUACAGGCAGAUGCCAUAAAGUGUGCACAGAACACAAAAAAUGCAAAAUUAUACAUACAUUAUUUGAAGAAGAGGUUACUAACCUAAACAGAGCAAUAAUUUUCUUAACUCGUUUUGCACAUUGGGUAUUAGGUUGAGGUUCAUAGAGUUAAAAAAAAAUGCCACUCUAGAAUGCUAGUCUUUUGUGUAUGCAGGUAUUGCCACAUGUUUGCACAUUUUCGUGCUGAUUUAUAGUUGUACAGUGUGAUGCAAAAACGCCUGCUGACAGUUUGAGAGUGUCUUGUUUCUUUUUGAAACUAUAAUAUCUAGAGCCGCUUCAAGAGAUAGUUCACCCCAAAAAAAUUACAUUUUGUUAUCAUUUACUCUACACCUUCAUGUUGUUCCAAACCGGCAUAAUUUAUUUUCUUCUUCUGUGAAACAUAAAAGGAGAUAUUUAGCAGAAUGUCCAAGCUGCUCUUUUUCAUGACUGCCAUAGUCACCAUUUAUUUUCAUCUUAUGGAAGAAAGCAGCACAGACAAUCAUAUGGGUUUAUUGUAUCAUGUCAAUUGUCCAAUUCAUCGCAAUUUUAAUUUGAACAAUCUCAAUUUCGAUUCUUAAAUCCCAAGAUCAAUCUUGUACUCUAUGUGCAACUCUCUAUUACAAUGAAAGAAAAUCACUCGCAUUUGCAACCAAAUUAUGCACUAUGCGACACAAAAUGUCUGGGAUUAGCCAUUAGCUGGUAAAUUUUCAGAUUUUACUCACCUGUGAUUGAGAAGUAUAGUGGUAAAGAAGUUCAGCACCGAGAUCCUUUCACUGCGUGUUGAGAGUAAAAGUUUGGUUUGACUCGUUCCAUUGACGAGAUGUCCAAAUCAUGUCGUGUCCAAAGACGAGAUCCACGCAAUCCAUUUGUCAUUGAAUAAUGUCCCUUUUAAUACCCUUUCUGUUCUUUAGUCAGUUGUUGAUCAAAAACAAAAAAAUAUAUACAUUUAAUUUUAAUCAUGCAUAUCACAGAUGAUGUAAAGAUUUCACACUUGUUAAUAUACGCUCAAUUAAUGAUGCUCUUUACAGAACAGCUGGUUUUCUUAAAGCGACAGUACCGGUUUUUAGCAUGUAUUUAACAAAUCAAUGUUAAUACUUGUAUAUAAUAAUAAUAAUUCCUUACAUUUAUAUAGCACUUUUCUAGGUACUCAAAACUUUACAUGGUAUAGGGGAAUCUCCUCUACCACCACCAGUGUGCAGCAUCCACCUGGAUGAUGCAACAGCAGCCAUAGUGCACUCACCACACACCAGCUAUUGAUGGAGAGUAGAGUGAUGUAACUAAUUCAGGGAUGGGGAUUAUUAGGAGGCCAUGAUAGAUAAGUGCCAAUGGGGGGAAUUUUGCCAGGACAGCAGGGUUACAUUCCUAUUCUUUAUGAGAAGUGCCCUUGGAUUUUUAAUGACCAAAGUGAGUCAGGACCUCUGUUGAAUGUCUCAUCUGAAGGUUGGUGCCUAUUUACACUAUAGUGUCCCCGUCACUAUACUGGGGCAUUAGGACCCACACAGACCACAGGGUGAGCACCCUCUGCUGGCCUCCCUAAUACCUCUUCCAGCAGCAACCUUAGUUUUCCCCAAGAGGUCUACCAUCCAGGUACUUGCCAGGCUCAACCCUGCUUAGCUUUACUGGGCAACCAGGCAAGAGCUGCAGGGUGAAUGGCUGCUGGUAUAUAUAGUACAAAUUAUACAUGUAGAUGAUAAAACAUAUAUAUAAUAUGUGCAUCAUAUCAUAUUUAUUGAUUGAAUACAUUCAAUAUCUUAACAGCCUGACUUGAUCCAACAGUUAACACUUGCAGUUUGUAUCCUACAUCACAGUAAACGAAGAACAAAUGGAAUUUGUAAUGUUGCAAAAUGUUCUGUCCUUGACAAUCAACCCUACUCAUACUGCAAAGAUCUCAUUCACUAGUAUUCAUUUAACUACAAAAGGACAAAUUCUAAAGUUGUUCCAAGUUUUAAGGUCUUUUCACUGUUGAAAGUAAAACAUGAUGUUACAGUACAUGUAAGACUUGCAUUAUUUCUUCCAUUUAACACUAGGAUAGCUUCCUGCUUUUACAAAAAUAAUUUUGCACUAAAUGUGUAUGUGGGACCUUCUAACUAGGGACAUACCAAAAAUAUAAAUGUAUUUUAUAAACUAAUUAAAUAGAAUUAUAUUUUAUUAGUUUUUCUUCAUUUUGGUUAAAAAAAACUCAAUGUAUAAUUAACAGUAUUAUCUGGGUGAGAAUUUCUUUCAUAUGUAAGCAAAAUGGACAUGGUAACUGAAAUAUGCCUAUAUGAAUCGAUAUUGAAUCAAAUCGGAAUUUAAUCAAGAGCUUGUGAAUCUAAUCGAAUCAGGAAAUAUAUAUCAAUACCCAGCAUUAAACAUGAGGGGGUGAAAAUUACAGAAUUUUCAUUUUUGGUAGAAUUAUUCCUUUAAGGGUGUUGGUAGGGUUUUAAUUUGUGUUCCACACCCAUCUGUCAGUACAUGGAAAAAUUAGGCACUAGGAACUAGACUCUGAGAGCCAGAAAGAAGGGUGUAACAUUUCAAAUGGUCCCCAUAUUAAUCCUUGCCAUGUUUGCAUCCUCUUUCAAAUAAAAAAGAUAAGUACACUCACAAUUGUAAGGUCUUGGAGCACAAAAUUUUUUUGUUUGCUACUAAACAGACCACCUUUCUGUAGGUUGAUGGGAAAAUCUGACUCUAUACUAAGGCCCUGAUUUAAGAGGGCCGUACACCUGGAGGGGACAUUGGUUUUAAUGGGCUAAUGUUUGCUUUUUACAAUUGUUUUGUCAUAUUUCCCAGUGACUAAUAAAAUGUCAGAUAAAAUGAGCAGUGAACACCGUGUUAUGAGGUUCAAAGGAGGUGUGACUGUUGUGUGUUCAAGGGGUGUUUACCUGCAGUGAGGGUGGUAGAGGGACUGAAGGCUCAGAGUGUAAAUCAGGCGUGUUUGUGUCCUGAGGUGUCAAGGUCCUCAGUUUCCACUUACAAAGAACAGCUGUGUUUGAAAGUGAGUUUGUUUUCUGGACCCAGUUAAAAACCCAUACAGGAGUCACAGCCCAAUGCCUUUUUAUAUAUAUAUAUAUAUAUAUAUAUAUAUAUAUAUAUAACUUGAACCUAUGAAUGGAUAUCUACACACUAUUGAAUGCAAUGUGUAAUCUCUCCUAAGACUACUGAAGAUUUAGAAAAUACAACAACUACUGGGUCAAUGUUGUGAUGUUCAUUUUUUGUCUGGAUCAAUGAAGUUAUUGAAAAAUACAUAAAAAAUGCAAUUCACACAAAAACAAUUACUUAAAUACUCCUCUUCCAUGAUGAACUUGUUUUCAAGUUCAAGGUCAUUUUGAUUAUUUUUGGGGUGCUUAAAAAUAAACAAAGUAAUGUGGUGUAACUGUCUUUAGAUGGCAAAUAAAAAUCAAUG